AUGGAUCGCCUUCCGUUCACACCGUCGUAUUCGAAAAACACGAUCCAAAAUGUUGACGCACAGGGUAUGUUUCUAUUUUUUUUUCUCCGCCUCUUCCUCGCCAUUUCUUUGUCUCUAGACAAUCGUUUCCUUCCCUUUUUCAGCAUCUCUCUAUUUCCUGGACGGCAAAGCGUCACCACAAAGCUUGUUGGAACUGGAUAACAACAGGUUGGCCUUCUUCCUCAUCCGCUGCACAUCUGUCUGCAAAAUGACCCCUUCAGAAGUGCCUGUGUGAACGGAAUGUCUUCUUGCAGGGACAUGAACGAGAACACGACACCGAGUAACAACAGCAUGUUGGACGAGAGCAUUUUGGCCAGCUCUAAACACAAUUCGACGAUGGAUUUGCCAAUUUCCGCGCCGUCCUCAAUUGCAAGAGACCGUGUCCUGGCUUCGAGCACUCCGAAAGAUCAAGGAGGAAAGAAACGUAUGUUUUUUUAGAGCAGGGUAGUUCUCGGUAGUUUUCUAAACUUGUUUAUACUGGUAUGUAUUGAGACCGACCGAAUAGUUAGAUGUAGAGAAAUACAUAAGUAGCAGAGUCCGAAUAUUUCGAUCGGUCUGAAACUUAGACCCAAUACAUCAAAAAGCCGGGGCUGCCCAUUUUGUACAGUUGAUCUUUUCAAUGUAGGCAACGUCCAGAAUCAGUACGUAUGUUUUGGUGUGACUAACAAAAAUCAAUUGUGGAAACUGCCAAAAGUUUUGUUUGUGGGGAUGGAAAAAGUGAUUAAGCUGGCUAUACAAGGCCCCAUACGUCUUGCGUUCACACAAAAUUAACUUUAUUAAAAAUCUGAAUUCUUUCAGUACCAACUCUGCCGUAUCCGGAAAUGAGCGUCAGGCGGGAGCCUGUGCCCACCUACGAGUGUGCCGAUCGUCGUCUCCGCUUUCGGUCCCAGCGGAUGCGAAAUCAGUCCGAUUCGUAUCCCCACCCCAGAGAAAGAUCCACUCGCAGCACAGAGGAACCUGUCCGCCCGGCCAAGAGGCUCUUCGAUCCGUUCUCCAAGGAGAAUAUUGUGAGUUUUUUUUUCAAAUUUGCAAGCGUAUUAAUGUGAGUCCGGUGAACUGACACAAAUCAAUUGUUUUUUGUAAAGUAACAUAGCUUAUUUAUCAGAAACUCCUGGAAGAGCAAAGAGCUGCCGAACUGGCAUUGGAAGAGCGCUGGAAGAUGGAAUCUGAAGACAGAAAUCGCGCACGCAAUGUGGCCUUUAUCAAGAAUCUGACGGAACUUCUCUUCUCGCUCUUCAUGCCGAUCUACCAACUCUUCGUCCUUCAAGAAGUGAUCCCAGAUCAUGCUUUUUUCUUCUACCUCACCCAAACUCUGAACACCUUCUACGUCAUUGCGUUUUUACGGACAAGCAAACUCUUUUGGAAAAUCUCCAUCUCCAGUCUUAUCCUUGUCGCUGGUACACAGUGGCUUCUCGGCUGGUCUUUCGAUGUUUUCACAUUCUUUGACACGACAAUAGUGGCACGAUCACUGCUUCUUGUCCUUCGAAGAGUCUGCAUGUAUUUCUUGUAA